AGUGACAUAUGCUGUGUCCAUUCAGUAGCGCAACAAGUUUCAUUCAUAAACCAUCUGUGUCGGUGCCGGUAAUAUUUGAAAUUACAUCUUUCAUACCGCCAAUAAACAUGGGAAAGGUGUUUUUCGGAAAAAUCGUACAUUCCAAGUCGUUUAAUGAACUGGAAGUGAUCGCCAAUGGAUACCUAGCUGUGAAAGAUGGGAAAAUUGUCUCUGUGGGAUCGAAGGCGAACUUUGACUCACUCGCCGAGAAAGACUCCUACGAGAAAGUAAACUUAGGCGAGUCGCAAUUUCUACUUCCGGGUUUCAUCGAUUGCCAUAUCCACGCUCCACAAGCGCCCAACAUUGGCCUGGGACUGGACAAAGAUCUGCUGGGAUGGCUCAAGUCCUACACGUUCCCGCUGGAGUCGCAGUACAAGGACGUUGAUUUCGCCAAACAGGUUUACAGUGCCGUAGUGCGUGAUACGCUUGCUAGUGGUACCACUUGUGCUUGCUACUUCGCGACCAUCUACAAUGAUAGCAAUAAGGUGCUGACGGACGAAAUAGUUCGUCAAGGUCAACGAGCUUUCGUGGGCAAGGUAUCGUCUAAUCGAUUGUGCCCGGACAACUACAUUGAAUGCGGAACGGAGGCAUCCGUUAAGGACAACAUCGAAUUCAUCGAGUACGUCCUGGAGAAAAAUCUGGAUCGAGUUAAACCGAUCAUCACACCGAGGUUUGCGAUCACUUGCGACAUGGAGUUGCUCAAGAAGUUGGGAGACCUGGCGGAGCGGUACAAUCUGAACAUCCAGUCGCACAUUUCCGAGAACCUGGGGGAGGUCGACACAGUGAAGGAGUUCUUUCCGGAGAACAAGAACUACUCAGACGUCUACGAUGAGGCAAAGCUUCUGACGAGUCGUUGCGUGAUGGCCCAUGGGGUGCACUUGGAGGAUGAGGAACUGAAGGUCCUCAGCGAGAGGGGCACCUCGAUUGCGCAUUGUCCAUGUUCCAAUACGAAUUUGGGCUCCGGGUUGUGCGAUGUCAAGCGCCUGUUGGAUGCCAAAGUGAAGGUUGGACUGGGAACGGAUGUAUCUGGGGGAAACAAGAUCGGAAUCUACGAUGUUAUGCGAGCAGCUCUGGACGUGUCCCACCAUCUGAACAUGAUGAAGAAACAGGACGUCAAGGGAACGGGACGGAUGCCCGGUGGGUCGAAAGCUAACGAGGAGUACGUGCCACUGGAUUACAAGCAAGCUAUCUACCUGGCUACAUUGGGAGGAGCGGAAGCAAUGGCUAUCGGCGACAAGGUCGGCAACUUCACCCCCUGCAAGGAUUUCGACGCCCUCCUUAUCGACGUAUCUUUAUACCCCACAAACCGCUACCAACUGCCCCCAAUCCUGACGCAGGACAAGUCCCCUGAGGAGCUGCUACUGGAACUGAUCCAGAAGUUCGUCUACGUCGGCGAUGACCGAAACAUCCUCAAGGUGUUUGUCGCCGGUCAGCAGGUCAAGUAAGCAGUGUGCUUCCGCAAAGCGAUGAGACCCCCGCGCUCCACAUUCCAUCGCCGUGAUCAAAUCAACCGAAGAGGAAUCCAAAAACAGAUGAUUAUUUUUGUGUAGAUUUUGUGCCUUUCCUUUGUGCUUUGUGUUUGAUCCAGACGAUUUUUAAAUGCGAAAAAAUAUACAAACGCGAACCAGAGGUUCAAAACAGAAACGACAA